AUGGAACCAGCUUUGCUGCACGCCAUUGCCGGUAUCUUGUUGAUGGGAUACAGCAUGGAGUACUACUUCCACCUCCAGCUCCUUGAGGUUGAUCGCCCCAACGUUGUCUUCCUGGUUGUGGAAUCCCGAUCUUCGAGGGUGCAACCAGACGAAAGAGCAGCAUCUCAAAAGUGGCGAUUACUGAACUCUGACGAGACUCAAAAAAUUGUUAUGGCAGAGCAGAGCGGCCGCGAUGUGGUAGAUCAGACCCUGUCGGGCGGCGAGCCUUCGCCUUCCGGCGUUCCUGCGAGCAUUAGUGACAAGAUAUCUGCUGGAGGGGACGGGGGGAAGAUUCAACACAUCACAUCAAACACACAAUCAUCAGUACCAUCCGACACGCAGAACAGUCAUCAGGAAGCAGACGGACAAAAAACACCAAUGGAGGAGACGGAGGACGGCAAAGACAGCCGGACUUCAGCCACGCAGACUACCGGGCUGGUUGCUUCGCGAGCUUUAGAGUUGAAUGGAGUCGCAUCUGGAUCUGAUGGGGGAGAUGAUACGGCAUCGCUUGGAGGCUCAGAAUCGGACGCCAGCCGGACAGAUGGCAAGCAUCAGAAUCGGGCGGGCUCAGUGAAGAAACCUUCGGCCUUUAAGCCUGUGUCAUUUGCUAAGUUUGCGGUCCCAAAGGCACCCGGGGUGACCGCAGCGCCUAAAGCGCCGGAAAAAGUACCGUCAACUUCAACCACCCCGCUCGGUACUCCUCAACCGACCUCUCGCCCACGCUUGGUCGCGAAAACCACAACUGGAAUGCGCGACUCUUUCGCCAAGUCAGGUGCAGGCGGCGGAAGACCCGGCGCGACAGGGCCCGAUCCGAAUCAAGUCUGGAACAAAAACAGACCUGUUCAGCCACCUCCCCCGAAAGCUCUGACCGAUGAGGAGCUCAAGCAGCAAUACGGAAUUCAUAUGACGUCGCGAAUCCAGGAGGACAGCGGAGGCACUGAAGCCAAAUGGGCUGAUAUUGACGAUGAUGAAGAUGAUUGGGCCCCGGAAACCAUCGAAUGGAAUGACGGAACCAAGGUCACCCUCACGCACACUGACCAUCCGCCUCCCGCUGAGCAAGCUGUUGAACAGACUCCGGAGGAGACGAAAAGCGCAACACCACCUGCACGACCUGAGCAACCUGUUGUGAAAGAUGUCGUGAAGAUCGCUGCUCCGAAACCAGCUCCUUCCGUCGGACCAAACCCCACGGUCCUCAGGCUCGGCGCAAAUGCGGAACGGCAGGCAAAGGCUGCAAGUAUCUCGUCUAAAAGCGCAAACGACAAGACACCAUCGGGGUCGACAAGUCCUGCGCCUGCACCGACAAAGUCGCCAUGGGCACCUUUGCCCCCAGUUGAACGGGUCUCUCCAAUUAAUCCACCCGCGCAGAUGUCCCAUCAGCCACGAAGCGCUGGCCCUCCUCCUCCGUCCUUCCAUGGCGAUGCACGCCAAGCUCCACUUCCACCGCAAGAAAUUGCCGCAGACGACUUCAAUCGUACCUGGAGAGAAUCUGCGCCAGGUGCGCCUCGAGAACUGUACAAUUCUCGAUCGGGUCGCUAUGAGCCCGUUCAAGAGAAUCGAAGGGGCUCGUGGCGUGCUGAUCAGGGUCCUCGUCCGCCUGCGGUUCUCCAAAGACCGAACCUCGCAGAAUCUGGUGGUCCUGCAGAGCCUUCUGCGGCAUUCCAAACCUAUCGGUCUAGCCAUCAGGAUGGCAUGGGUUGGAACAGACGCCGUACAUCAUCCAAUGUCAGUGGCGGAAGUGGCGGUUACGGCCGUCGGACAUCCUUUGGCCGAACCGAUGCUCCGCAAAGGUACAUGGAUGGCCGCCGAGGCUCCCAAACGAACGGGAUCCUCGAUCCAGCUCUGACAGCCGACGACACUGUGAUCUCUCCAGAAACGCUUCCGUCCCAGCAGCGUGCUGGUUCAGGCUGGACAGGUCAAGGGCGUCGUAAUGCCAGCGCGGCUUCCUCUCUCGAAGCUCCCCAGCCCGCUCCGCCAGUUGUACCUGAAGCUGAACUCGAAGAUCCCGUUGUUCUACAAGAAAGGAUCAUGAAGGAUGCGAGAGCACAGGCCAGACAACGCAGACUUGAGCAAGAGGAGAAGGAUCGGAUCGAGCGGGAAGAGAGGAUCAAAAAGAAGCUUGCUGCACUAGGACCACCUCCGGAGAAGACGCAACGCAAGGAGAGCACUGAGGCUCGCAAACCACAAACGCCUGUGGCGCCAGCCCCCGCGACCUUACACUCGCCACCCAAACCUCCUGUUCCUGAACCGAGCGGUGAGCCCAAGCAAUAUGGCAUGAUGAGAGUCCAUCACCCAGACUCAGUCAAGAAACUUGUUGCGGCAAACGAGCGAGAUCGGGUUGCCGAGAAGUCCGCGGAGAAAAUUGCAUCUCCCCCUCACGCGCGACGUGUUCCACAAUCCCCUCGCGAUCAUCCAACGGAGAUUACGCCCUCUACGAGCUCGGUCAAACCUUCACCAACAGAGCGGCCGUCAACUGAGUCCCCCAAGUUUGAGGAACCUGGUGCACACUGGCGUGGUGGCCUCAAUGUACCAAGCUCUCACGCGCCAUGGACAAGUGAAGCCAAUCUGGGUUCAAACGCCCCUUCGGCAAACAAUCCCUGGAAGCUCUUGAGUAGUGACAGAACUCUUGGUAAUGGAAUCUUUGACCAGACUCUUGGUGGAUUCCCACCACGCGAGCUUCCGCUUAGAAGUCAACUUGGUCUGGAUCAGGCUUCCGUGCCUCCACCCGUCUUUUCGGGGCCACAGCAGUCAACUUCUAUCUCCCCACUACCUUCUCCGGAGACCAGACAUGCGCCUGUUGAUUCUCUGAGCCCAAUCGGUCGACCAGGCCCGAUUGGACCGCCCUCAUCACACAACAAUCAAUGGCAGCAGGACUCUGGACCCGCUGGACCAUUGGCGUGGAACAAUUUCCAUGCUAUCACUGCUCAACGAGAAAAAGCUAUACAGGAAAAAGUCCACAGAGAGUUUAUCGCGAGCAAGGGCAAGCCUAACCCGAUGUUCGCAUUCAAACAACUUGAAGAGUCUUGGGCCCCAGCUCGGCCAGGUAACGACGACACCACUCAGAGUACCGUGGGUGUCGCUACAGCACCCCCCACAGUGAGGAACAACAGGAACAACCUUAGUUCUCCUCAUACACUGACUGGACUUGAGACCCCUCCCGACGCUCCGCCAUUCUCCGAAAAUCAUGCCAGGUCGAACGUCAGCCUCCCCGCUCGUAGCUCGAGGUUCUUCCCACAGGCAAGCGAAGCGCCCAAGCGAUCUGUCACGGAGGCUUAUAGUGAGCAGCGAAGCCCAUCUCCGCCUCCGCCAGAGGACAUCUUGACCCAUCCAGUCUACUUUGGCGGAGCUGGCCGACCGUUGGUUCACUUGCCGACUCCAAAGCCGGUAGUGAAGCUGCCGCCCAAGGCUUUGGCUGCGCCGAUUGCCCCCCCUACUUUUGCGUCGAUGGCGGCUGCACCUCCGCGGGGCCCGGGAGCGACUGCAUCAAGCGGCAUUUCCUGGCAGGAGAAGAUCAAUGGCCUCUUCGGUAAGAAGACGCCACUAGAGAAGAAGUCCGCGUUGGCGAUUACCUCGGCAUCAAAGGAGCCGCUGGACGUCCCCUUGGCGGUCGCUGCCGUGUCCGUCUCCCUUCCUAAUCACGAGACUGAUGUACAUGUCGGCAACGGACACCUUGCUGUGCAGCAGGUUGAAGAGCAGGAGGAGAUCUUUGAAGAUCGUGAGCCCGGGUCUCUUCCCAGUGUGCGGGUGCCCAACAUGGCUCCGGCCAAUGCCUGGCAGGCCGCUUCUGCGCCUCCUGCUUCACGUCUUCGGGCUAAGAUUCUUCGCCCUAUGCAAGUUCACAGCGUUGAGCCCUAUUGGUUUGGGUAUGGCGAGAAGGACUCAUUGGGUAACGUCCAGAUCAUGAUUCUGCUUCCGGGCUCAGAGACAGGAAAAGCCGUGAGUAUGCCCAAGAGAUUGACCAGUGGUCCUUCAUAUCGCCAGCGAAAUUCUCCGACCUUCAAGCCUCGAAAGGGUGCGAAGCCAAGAGAAGCCUCAGGGGUCCAUAUGGGUGCGAAGAAGCCCUCGACUUCCUCUCAUCAGCAAUCAAGCGGCACUGCGUCCUCAUCACCCCGGCAUUCCUCUCGAGCCGCAUCGUGGGGACCCCGCAAUCUGUCUGGUCCUCGGUCAUCGUGA